GUAUUCGCUGCGGGAGUUGGGACAAUGUUUGCGCGAAUUGUUAUUCUCUGUCUUUUAAUAAUCUUUUUCUCAAUACGCGGAUGUAAGGCUGCAUCUUCAACAGAAUCAACCGUUGUUGGGAGUAUCAAGGAAAAUGUCCAAUCUUUGCGUUUAACAAAUACAACAGAACCACUUGCCUACGAACUUUGGCUAGAAACGAGAAUCCAUGAGAGAGUUCUUGACUACACGGGUCGUGUAAGAAUUACAAUACGUGCAUUGGAAGCAGCAAAAGUCUUAACAAUAAAUUCGGAGAAUCUUCAAAUCAAAAGCUACAACUUUCAUGAUCAUCUCAACAACUUAAUGAGGGUAUCUUACUACGAGGACAAGAGAUACACAUUCGUUGACUUUUUCUUAGAAGACGAGCUGAGAGUGGGUCAGGAAUAUGUGUUGGAAAUAACAUUUUCUGGGCUUCUUCAGAGUAUCCCACGGGGAUUUUGCUAUACGCGCUAUGUGGAUGAGAGUGGAGAUAUCUCCUACGUUGCUACAUCAUUCCUCCAUGUAACAAAUGCCAGGAUGGCUUUCCCAUGCUACGAUGAACCUAGGUACAGGACCCCAUUUAAAAUUCACAUUACUCAUCAUGCAUCGAUGAUGGCAGCAUCAAAUAUGCCCGUUGAAUCAAUUUCAAAUAGUUCUGACGGGAAUGUAAUGACAUCAUUUCAAGAAUCUGUGGCAAUGUCUGUGAAUCUUGUAGCAUUUACAGUUUGCAACUAUGCUUCACGAAAGUUUCUUGUUGAAGAAAAAAAUCUCGAGAUUGGCUUUCUCGUUCCAAAGCAUGCAAUUAACCAGGUGGAUUUUGCCAUGGACUUCAUCAUAUCAACUGUGAAUAAACUUGAAGAAUACAUUGGGAUUGGGUACAAUCUGCCAAAGCUCGAAUCAGUCGUUGUAAAUGAUUUAAUGCACAAUGGAUUGGAAAAUUGGGGCCUCAUGGUUUACGAUUCAAAAAGUCUCCUUUUUAACGAAAAUUCAACUACACCAAGUCAAAAAAUGGAAAUAGGAAGAACCAUUUGCCAUCAAUUGGCACACAAUUACUUUGGAAAUCUCGUGGGAAUACGUUGGUGGAAUUAUGCUUGGAUGACCGAAGGAUUUGCCAAUUAUCACGAAUAUUUCUUCACCAGCUACUAUCUCCCGGAUUUCCCUCUAAAGGAAAUUUUUGUAACAGAUUUUCUCCAGAAAAAUCUCGUGGAGAAUUCCUAUCUAAUGUCCACUUCACUCAAUAAGUACGUGGAGACACGCAAAGAAGUUGAGGAUGCCUUUGAUUUUGGAAUGGUUAGCAAAGCUGCUGGAGUUCUACGAAUGUGUGAUAACAUGGUGGAAAGACCAACUUUCCAAAAAGGACUUCAGAAGUAUGUACGAGAAAUGGCAUUUGACGUUGCAGGACCAGAAGAUUUCUACAGAAGCAUCCAGGCAGCUGUUGAUGAGGAUAAAACUCUCCCUGAAGAUAUAAAAGUUGCAGAUAUUCUCAGUUCUUGGACAGAUCAGCCGGGAUAUCCUCUUAUAACAGUCAUGAGAAAUUAUCAGACAAAUGAUAUAGUUGUGAACCAACAGAGAUUUCUUUCAUCACGUGAAGAAUUUGAUCGAGAUGGUCUAUCGUGGUAUAUCCCCCUAUCUAUAGCUACUGCUAAAAACCCAGAAAUGAUGAAUAGUAAACCACGAGAAUGGCUAAAGCGCGGCACAAGAGAGCUCGUAAUUAAAACAAUCGAAAAUCAAACCUGGACAUCGGAUGAUUGGAUCCUCUUCAAUAUCCAACAGACAGGAUACUAUCGUGUCAAUUACGACACACACAAUUGGAAGUUAUUAGCCAAUGAUCUCUACAAAGGUUCUCCGUACACUAUAGGACUCAUAAAUAGAGCCCAAAUUAUUGAUGAUUCCUUCAAUCUUGCUUAUUCUGAUAUAAUUCAGUUCACAAUUGCGCUGGAUAUUAUCAAGUAUGUAAAGUAUGAGAGGGAAUACGCUGUUUGGGUAACUGCCUACAGGCAUCUAUUGAACAUGAUUAGAAGGCUCGAUGGGCCAUCGUAUUCCCUUUACUUUGGUAGAUUUCUCCAACAUCUCACUUAUGAUCAUUUCGACCGACUGGAUGUUUUCGAGAACACACACGGAAAGGAUGAGGUAAAGGAUAUUUUUCUUCGUCCAAUCAUUGUUGAUUUAGCCUGCCGUUCUGGAUCCGGAAUGUGUCUAAUUGCAACGAGAACAAUGGUAACUGCAGAGGCGCUCACAGGGCAUGUGCUUGUGCCACAUGAAAAACCAUCGAUUUACUAUUGCCAUGGCCUUAAGAACGCUGACGAAAAUACCUUCCAGUUCUUCUGGAGAAAACUAAAGUCCCUGACAAAUGAACAAGAACGUACCCAUAUCACCAAUUCCAUCAGUUGCUACCACAAUUUCAAUUCAGUCUACGCCCUUCUCCUUGAGACCGCAAAUCCUAAUCUUGUGGAUGUCUUUUAUACAAAUCUCGAAAGAUUCCAGAUCCUAAUGACCGCAGCAAGGAACGGCAAUGUGAAGGCAGUGGUGCAUUUCUUGCGUGAAAACCACGAAGAUAUCGCACGAACGUAUACCUUUAAUAUACGAAUGGAGCAAGGAUUGAAGGAAAUAUCAGGAUGCUUACAGGAGGAGGAUCAGAAGGAAUUUGCGGAACUUCUGCAAAUCCUCUUAGCUGCGGGACAUAUUAAUUCCAAUUUAGUUGAGAGGUGCACGAUUGACAUGGAAUACCACCGCAAGUGGGUGAAGGAGAACAAAAUUAAAAUUGAAGAAUGGAUUGCAGAUUAUUUUCGGCCUGCACGACACAAUUCCGCCAUGGGCAAAAUAAUUAAUCUUCCAAUUAUUCUAUUCUCAAUUGCAGGAGCUUUCUACGUAAUAUUCUAACAUGAUGACCCCCCUUAUCUGAUUAUCCAAAAAAAAGUAUUCUUAUCGUAUUAUUGGGAAUUAUUAGCACACAAUAAAC